CUACGGACUCAGUUCCAAGUAAGUGUGCGAAAUAUAAACAUAAAAUUAUAACCUCAAAGUGCCGGUUAUAAAGCUUGUAAAUAAUUAUAGAAAAUAAAUAAAUAAAAAUGUCUGAUGAAGAAGUAAUAAGACGACGUCUACUUGUAGACGGUGAUGGUAUUGGUGACGAUAGACGUAUAAAUAUGUUAUUAAAAUCAUUUAUUAAAUGGGCAAAUAAUCCCGAAGUUGAUAAUACUCUACAUGAACGUAUUUUGGCUACACUUGCACAGUGUGAAUUUGCACAGAAAAAAUCUCGUCUUGUUUCAACUAUGAGUCAGGAUGAGUUAAAAAAUUAUGAAAAAUUGUCAAAAGAUAUUGAAGUUGAAAUAGAACAAGCUAAACGUGAUAUUGAAACUACCAAAGCUGAAUUACAAGAAGCCAAACAGAUACGUAAGAAUAGAAUUGAGUAUGACGUCCUUGCCAAAGUUAUCAAUGAACAGCCAGACAGAAAGGAGACUAAUUUAAAAUUGGAGACUUUAAAACAAGAACUUGGAUUUUUAAAGGAAAAAUCAGAACAGCUGGAACAUAAAUUAGAAAUGCGAAGAAAACAAUUCCAUGUAUUAAUAUCAUCAAUACAUUCAUUGCAAGAGAUGUUAGAUGAAUCCGAUGAAGAGAUAAUGGAUGUCAGUCUCGAAAAUUAUGAAGAUACGGAUGUGCCUAUGCAAGUAUCAUAAUAAAUAUGACUAAAUUCAAUUUUGAAUUUUAUACAUUUAUAAUAAAUAUUAUUAGUGUAAAUAAGUAGACUGUCGGUAAAAAUAUUAACUUAAUUUUUUUUUUUUAUUCAAUAAUAAUAUUAAGUUCUUUACAAAAUAUAUGAUAAUUAAAAAAUGAACUUUAAUUAAUUAAUUAAUUAAAAAUUUUGUCAUUAAAAGUAUUUUUAAAAUUAAAAUUUAAGCUUUAAUUUACUUGUUUUUGGCACAUGGCGAAUUGUUAGUGAUAUUCUUGUUUUACGAUCAAGUUUUUCACCAUCGUCAUAAUUAUUUGAACAUAAAUUUAUGUUACGUAUUAAAUUUUUAUCAAUUAUAUCGUAAUUACAUUCACUUAUUGAAUGUAAGUAAUCAUGAUAUAAUUUAUCUUUGAGUACUAACAGACUUUUUCGUUCAAGUAUAAAUGAAAAUUCUGGUUUCAAUUGUCUUUGUUCCUGAAAAUAAAAAUAAAAAUUGUUUAUUGGUUAAUAUUUGUAAUAAUAAUAAGAAUGACGUAAAUUAUUGUUGUAUACUUCAUUAGUAUCUAAACGUUUUGUGAAUUCAAGAAGUGUGUGAGAUCCACAAGUUAUUGUUGUAACGAUAGGAUGAAAAAGUGGUCCAUCAGUAUGUCCCUGUAUUGUAAAAAAAAAUAUAUAUAUGUACACAUAAAUAUAAAAAUAUUCUAAAAAAUUAA